ACCGACAAAGACUACUUUUGUGAACGAAUCCGGUACGAAUUUAGAAAAAAUCGGGGCCUGCAGGAGCAGUCAGACAUCAGCUUUAAUUUUGAGAAAGGGGCCGUUUUACUCAUUAGACGCAGCGUCAAAUGAUUCGUACUACUGGGGUUUUACUUAGGUUAAUCAGAAAUAAGCAUGUUGAUUAUUCAAGGGUCCCCCAACUUAGUGAAAGUGAUUUGGAAGAACAGUUCGUGAGGGGCUCGGGCCCUGGGGGCCAAGCAACUAAUAAAACGUCGAAUUGUGUUGUUCUUAAACAUAUUCCAACCGGUAUUGUAGUUAAAUGUCAUGAGACGCGAUCGUUGGAUCAAAAUAGAAAAAAAGCGCGCGAUUAUUUAAUUACGAAACUUGAUAACUUACUAAAUGGAGACAGUAGUGUGCAGGCUCAAAUUAAAGCAGUUGAGAGUAAGAAAAGGAUGGAUAAAGAUAGAAGGAGAGAGAAGUUGAAUAAACUGAAAGCUGAGUGGAAACAACGGGAAAGUAUUGAAUAAACAAAACUGUGAUAGUUCAAA